CCUGACGGCCACCCAAAAUGGCUUGAAGAUUGAAUUCCGAUGCAGAGCCAUCAUCACAUCUUUAAAUCUCACAUGCAUGUCCAAAACUGGAGCUGAGAAUGUUGCCGACAGCAACAGGCAAGCCUUUAUUGACAACCUCGGGUACAUCCCUAAUACCUCCCUGACUGAAGAAUCUUUGCUCUUGUUCCUGAGUUUCAAGCAAGCCGAAGUUUUUCCAUCAUGGCAUCGCCUCAGUUUUUCAACCGCCAACGAAGGCUAUGGGUAAAGUGGUGUAUCUUUGGCAUUCUGAUGGCACAGUUUUGGUCCACUUCCAGUGCUUUUCAGCCUUCAAUAUUCGCUUCUUUUAAUGUCAGAACGGCCUUGCAAAGCACCACCCAAUCGGAUGAAGACUACUACAGUGAAGCUUCGUCGUCUUCUUCUUCGAGCCCACCUAGACGGAGUGUGAGAAUACGUCCUAUUCGGCAGCCCACAAGGCCUCAAGCAGCAGAAGUGGACGCGGAAGAAGCUCGCAAGCGACAUGACCUUGCUUGGAAAGAUCCAUCCCUCUUUACCAAUACACAAUUUUCCGAACGAGAGGAUAUCCAUCCUGCCACCAAGCGAGCCAUUGUCGAAGUCUUGGGGCUGGAUGUCAUGACGGAAAUCCAAUCCGAGACGUACCAACCUGCCCUGGCAGGAAACUCCAUAUUGGCCACCAGUCGAACUGGAACGGGCAAAACACUUGGGUUUCUUCUGCCGUCUUUGGAACGAUUGCUUUUGGACGACCAACGGUCGUUUUGCUCGGGGAAGAAUGUUGGAGUUUUGAUUUUGGCUCCAACUCGAGAACUGGCGCUACAAACGACGGAUCAGGCCAAAAAGCUACUGUCAUUUCACCGCGAUGACAUUUCCGUGUUGUGUUUGUACGGAGGAACCAAAAUGGGAAAAGACCUGGCCCUUUUGAAACGACAAAUACCCUCCAUUUUGGUGUGCACGCCGGGAAAACUUUGUGAUCACUUGGAGACAACUCGCCUUCGCGGCCGCAAGUUUUCCGACAUGGUGGCAGAAUCGAGUAUUUUUGUGCUGGACGAAGCAGACUUUUUGCUGCGGGGGUUCCCAGCCGAAAUGAAGACAAUCAAGUCACAUCUACCUCGAUCCGAGAAACGACAAACGAUGCUAUUCUCCGCGACACUACCACGAAAGUUUUUGCCAGCCUUUGAAGCGGUCUUGCCAAAAGAUUAUACAUUGGUGGAUUGUGUGGGCUCGGGUGCCAAUAAUAAUAGUGGCCAAACGAACGGAAUAGCUGCUACAACCAACGCUCAGGUCGAGUAUUCCUACGCCAAACUACAAGAUAGGGAUUCGUAUGUUCCGGGUCUAGUGGCGAUUGUUUUGCAUUUCAUGGCGACCAAGGGCCAGAAUAAUAAGAUGGUGGUGUUCUUGCCCACCACCAGAUUGGUCAAGUUCUUUCGGGAAUUCAUGGCCGUUGGAAUGGAGAAGCAUGCCAAAGUUUUUCAGAUGCAUUCCCAAAUGUCACAGUCGGCCAGAACCAAAGCGAGCCAAGCGUUCAGAGAAGCAAAGAAAGCAGUGCUGUUCACCACCGAUAUUUCAGCCAGAGGUCUUGAUUAUCCCGAUGUCUCCCUCGUUCUCCAGUAUGGCUAUCCGAAAAGCGUGACAGAGUACACCCACCGUUGCGGGCGCACAGGCCGCAUUGGAAAGGGCGGACGCAACAUGGUUGUGCUGUUGCCAUUUGAAGAGCAGAUUGAAGGUAGAUUGAUUAGAAGCAAGACAAAGAGAGAUGACAAUCUACAACGGCUCCUUGAUGAACUACCUCAUCAAGAGCUUUUGAAUCCGGCAAAGACACAGAUAGGAAAUGGCCAUCGAGUCCUAACAAGUGCGGCCGAGUCUGCGUACUUGUCUUUGCUAGCGUACUACAUGGCCAGGGCAGAGUCCUUGGGGAUUUCUGGACAAGACGUUAUGGACCUGGGGGAUAGUUUUAGCAACGGCUGUGGUCUGAAACGUACGCCCGUUGUGGCACCCGCCCUUCUCAGCAAGUUAAAGAAAAGCACUGGCCCACGCAGAAGAUGACUUUGCAAAAUGUGAGGCCGUGGACACCAAACAAGAAACUCCAACGUUGGGGAGGGUUUGCAUCUCCAGCCAAACCUCUGGAGUUGCGUCCAACCGAAGACUUGCUCGGCUCUGAUUACACGAUGAGUUUGGCUCAUUGGAAAGCUUCUUUGCGAACCCACUCAACAAUCAAUGCCAGGACUCCUAGUCAACAUCAAGCACAUGGCAUAAAAAUUCUGUAGGAUAAGUCAUGGGUGCAGCACACGAUCGGAUCGACCUUUUUCGUCGUAUAUGCUCCAAGCAAGUUAGCUUGUAGCCCACUGUCCUUGAUGAAUUCUUGCCCAGGCCUGUGCUCAAGGACCGACCUCUACUACCUAGGACAUGUACAAGUGACCCCCACUACUGCCCCUAGCUACCAUAUCGGUAGAAACCUUGCAUUGUUCAACCCGGGAGAAGACAGAUGCGUGAAAGCUCUCAAUCCUAUUCGUGCCUGGUAUCCUAGUCGGACCUGCAAUUUUCUAAAAACAGCAGCUACAACGACAAGUACAGAAUCAUCUGAAGGCAUAUGACGACCUGAAGCAUUGUCAUGCGAGAAGCAGCAACUUGAACAGUCCCAUGCAAAGGAGAAACAACAAUGAGCUUGCAGCUGAGGGGCGGAAGCAAGACAAGGUCUUCCUCUCCUCCAAGAUUCUAAAAAGAAGGCUGUCAGAUCUGUGCAGAAGAGUUGAAAACCUUUGCAGUAUCCCUGAAGAACCGAAUCAAGCUAUUUGCUGACGGCAUGCACCCCCAUGCCGAGCCAUCCGUGAUGUGCGACGGGAUACAGCUUACAAUUCAGCUUUACAGCUUUACAAUUAGCAGGCUUAUUCUAGAAAAUAAUCAAUAACUGCUCACUUAUUUGG